UACAAAAAGAAAUUAUCCCCCGCCAACGAAACCAAAAAUAACUAACUUCCAAAACUAGCCAAAUCUUUCAGUGGCUGCAAACUGAAACCUUUCUCACUAGCAUUGAUUACAUGAUACACACUUGCGAAAAAAUGGCUUCUCUUCUCUUCCUCCAACCUCUCACCAAUCUCUCUUCCUCCACCACCCUCGUCUUUCUCCGUAAUCCCCACCACAUCCCCACUUCAACCUCCCUUAAACCCUCCAACACCCCCAAACCCCUCACAUUCAAAUCCUUCACCACUUCCUUCUCCCUCGCCGAAUCCGACUCCCCCAAAUCUUUACAACCCGAAAUCCGACCCGUCCUCCAAGAACUCGCUGACAGCUUUGAUCUUCCUCCGGACUACUUUGCUAAGCUGCCUAACGAUCUUCGUCGCGACCUGAAUGACGCUGCUUUUGACCUUUCAAAUGGAAAGAUCAUUGAUGAGUGUGGUCAAGAGUUGGGGGAGACAUUGUUAAAUCUCUCUCGUGCAUGGGAAGUAGCUGACACAUCAAUGUCGCAUAGUUUAGCUAGCAAGCUCCCUGACUUGGAAGAAUCUUUGACAGACAAUGCCAAAUCAGCACUUGGGAAGCGUUUGGUUUCGGCUGGAAGAAGGUUCCAGUCUAUGGGACAGUAUGGUGAAGGCGAACUACAAAAGAUUGCAAAAACACUGACCAGGGCCGGAAAGCUUCUAUCUGCAAGUUCAACUUCCACUGUGACUGAUACAGAACCAAAGAAUGAAAGCAGGAUGCUGAAGUUUGGAGAACUUCAGCUCGAGCUUACAUCAGAAAAAGCUACUGUUGGGGCUAUCAUCAGCUUUGCCUUCGGGAUUCUUUCAUGGCAACUGGCUCAAGGCGUCCAAAACACCCCAGAGAGUUCAUUGCAGUAUGCAAAUGACAAUGCUUUGCUGCUGGCUAAGUCUUUGAGGGGAGCUCUACUUGCAGCCUGCUAUUCCUCAGCCUUAUUGUCUGCUUUUACUACCUUCGGACUUAUCUUACUUGGAAGGCAACUAAAGUCACCAAAAGAAAAAUAUAUUGCUCAGUAGGACAUGGCAAAGUUAGAUACUUGGAUAUUUUACUCGAGUUCGAGGUACCUCUGUUCAAAGAUGAAAAUAACUCGGAGAAAAAAUACAGACCAAGUAGAGGGCACAAAAGAUGACUAUCAACUAAGCUUCUCUUUCUAAUAGUUCAGGUUACGGUUGUCACUUCGCUAUCACUACUCUUAUUGCAUGUAGAUCAAUAUUUCUAAUUGGCGGCUCAACGUACAUAGAUGAUGUUAAGUUUUUACUAUGUUUUGAACAUAUUACAUCUAACAAAUUUACAAAAAGAGGGAAAUUCUAAUCCCACAUCAUAAACAUUAUGAAUGAUAUACUCGUUUAUAAGGUUUAACAUCAAACAUUCUUAUUGCCGAGCCUUGUAACGGGGGCUUGUAACUAAGUAGGGCAUUAAAGUGAUUGAUUGUAUGAGGCAUGAACGGAGUAAGGACUUUAGUUACACAUUGUUGUUUACAUGUUUAAUUUAAUGUAAUUUAAGUUAUACAUCUUUACAUUUGUUCAAGUUACAUAUUUAAUUUAAUGUUAUAUCGUCCCAGUUUCUGAAUAUUGAAAAAAAAA